AUGAAAUUCUACGAUGCACAAGCCCUCAACCCCUGUGUUGUCUGUCUGUUCGUUCUUCAGCGCGGCGGGCUUGACCUCGAUGUCCAAAGCAUUGAUACUAUGAAUAUGGAGAAUCGGCGUCUCGCAUACCGUAGGGACGUCAACCCUUGGGGUGAACCACCGGCCCUGGAUAUCGAUGUAACUGUCAACCGAUUGCCGACACUCGCAUGA